AUGAGAUCAUGCCUGGCAAAUCAGGGCUCGGUGCCAUACCGCUUCUGGCAGAGAAGGGGUAGACAUGUUGGUUCUGUAUCAUCAGAACGACGCCUGGCAACAUGUCUUUGUUUGCUCUGGCUCUACUUUUGCCCAGCAUUUCGUCUUGCUCUCUCUGGUUUUUGCCACUUUUCUAUGCUUUGUUGGGCUCAUCCACCCUCUGGUCUUUCUUUCCAGCCCGCCUCCAACAGUCGUUGCGUCUUGCGAGAGCUCAUCUCUAAUUCGAGAAAUUAA